AUGCAUCAUGGACGUACGGGCGACCCACUCCGACCCCCGCCGCCACCGCCACCCCCCGCCUCCACCGCCACCCCCGUCUCCACUGCCACCGCCCCCACCGGCACCCUCGCCCCCGCCUCCUCCGCUACCGCCUCCGCCGCCACCUCCGCCUCCACCGCCUCCACCAGUACCUCCACUCCCGCCACCACCUCCACCGCCACCCCCACUCCCCCCGCCACCCCCACCUCCACCGCCACUUCCUCCUCUAGCUCCACCCGCUCCCUUGCCCCCCUUGCCCUUGCCAGAGCGGCCCGCUAG